CCCUCCCCAGCCUUGCAUGGACCCCUGGAAUUUUGGGGGAUCCCAAAAUGGGGGAUUCAGAAAAUCCCGGGAAUCCCCCAAAGGAGGAGGAGGAGGAGGAGGAGGAGGAAGAGGAGGAGGAAGAGCUGGACCCCCGGAUCCAGGAGGAGCUCGAGCACCUGAACGAGGCCAACGCUGAAAUCAACAGAGGAGAAACGGAGCUGGAUGCCGCCCGGUGCCGCUAUCGCCGCGUGCUCUCGGAAUCCGCCCGGAAAUUGAAUUCCCAGGGAUCCCAGCUGGGAACCUGCAUCGACAGAGCCCGGCCCUACUACGAGGCCAGGAGGAGAGCCAAGGAGGCCCAGCAGGAGACUCAGCGCGCGGCGCUGCGUUACGAGCGCGCCGUGGGAAUGCACAACGCCGCCAGGGAAAUGGUUCUGGUGGCAGAGCAGGGCCUGGGCUCGGCCAAAAAUCGCCUGGACCCCACCUGGCAGGAGAUGCUGAACCACGCCACCAGGAAGGCCCAGCAGGAGACUCAGCGCGCGGCGCUGCGUUACGAGCGCGCCGUGGGAAUGCACAACGCCGCCAGGGAAAUGGUUCUGGUGGCAGAGCAGGGCCUGGGCUCGGCCAAAAAUCGCCUGGACCCCACCUGGCAGGAGAUGCUGAACCACGCCACCAGGAAGGGAACUGGGAGCACUGGGAGCCGGCCCUACUUCGAGAUGAAGGCACAGCUCAACCUCCGGCUCGAGGGAACUGGGAGCACUGGGAGCCGGCCCUACUUCGAGAUGAAGGCACAGCUCAACCUCAGACUGGAGGAACACAAAUCCCGGGUGAAUUCCCUGGAAUCGGCCGUGGCUCAGGCCAAGCUCCGUUAUUCCGUUGCCCUUCGGAACCUGGAGCAGAUCAGCGAGGAAAUCCACGCCCGCAGAUUCCAGAGAAUCCUCCGGAAAAAAAAAACCCGGGAAAACCCCCUGGGGGCUGAGGAGGGGGGUGGUGGAACCCCCAAAAACGAA